CUUAGCAGUGCAAAUGCGAAAUAGAAUGUAGUCAUCAUAUUUUUUUCUGUCAGACAUUCUAAGUAAUUCUAACAAAUUGAUUAUCAUUUGCAAAUUUCAUUAAUUAAAUUAAUUAUGAUUCAUUAAUUCAUUCAAUAAGCUUAUGAAGACCCAUUUUGUCCAUAAAUCAAGGCUACAGCAAUAAAAUUAAAUUAACCACAAACUUCCCCCAUAUUUCAUGUAGAUUGCAAAUUCACAAAAAAAAAGAUUUGCACAUGUUCAAAUUUUUGCUCAAUUCCAUUUAUUCAAUAAUAAAAUCAGAGGGCUUUAUAAGUUUUCUUAUAACAUGAAUUAGAUGGGAUGAAGUUAGAGGAUUUUAAAGAAGCUCAGUUAUUAGUAAAUUAAUUGCAUAACUAUAAUAGCAUGAUUUCUAUUAAGAAAAAAUUGAAAAUACACAAGAAGUAGAAAAAGCCUCUUGACUUUAUCACAAUAUUAAAUUAUUAAAUAAAUUAUAUUGUAUACUAAAUGAUAUCUAAAGAUUAAGACAAAGUUCUACUAGAAAUAUUGAAGUAAAAUGAGAUGACUGAUGACAAAAAGAAAAAAUUUUUAAAUUCACUUAAAAGCUUAAUUCAUUUCCUCAAAUAACUUGAUUAUGAUCCAUUUAACGCUGAGAUUAAAUAUUGCAUCUUUGGGUCAUAAUUAAAUGGAUUUGGAACAAAGGAAUCGGAUGUGGAUUUCACAUUUCUCACUAAUUCUUAUGUUGACGAAAGGAUAGCGCUUAAAUAUUUGAGAUAAGAAAUCGAAGCGGUGGAUUAAAAUAAGUUCAAAAUUAAUGAAUUGGUUGAAUUUGCCAGAAUUGCUGUCAUGAAGAUCCAAGAUCAGACUAAUAAAAUAGAAAUUGAUAUGUGCUUUAACAAUCUUUUAGGUGUGAUCAACACAAAGUUAUUGAAUGCAUAUGCUGGCUUAAAUGAGAAAGUUUAAUAGGGUGGAAUCUUAUUAAAGCUAUGGGGCAAGAAAUAAGGAAUAAUAAAUAAAAAUUGUUUUUCCUCUUACGCUAUAUUAAUAAUGUGGCUACAUUUCUUAUAACAAAAGUAUCAAAUGCCCAAUCUUUAGGAUAAAUAAUAUAAAACCUCUAAAUCAUAGACUACUACAAUAAUGAUUAAAAGAAAUAUCGAAGGUAAAAGAGAAAGCAGCUUCGAAGUAGAUGUCUUUUUUGUUUAUAAUGGAGAUAAAUUAUACAAAUAAUUGAAGGAUUAAUUUGAUAGAGUAAUCUCCUAGGUUUCGCUUACGUUCUUAUUAAGGGACUUUUUUAAUUACUAUUCAGAUUAGGGAGAAGGAUUUGCAUAAAAAUACAAGAUUUCAAUCAAUGAAAAAUAGUUGAAAGAAGAAGGAGAAAAAUAUUCGAUGAGUGAUCCUUUCGAUAAAGAGCAUGAUCCUAUAAAGAAAAUCAGAAACAAUUUUAAAGAUUAAAAGCUCUUUCAUUAAGCAAGCAUAAACAUAUAAAAUAGUCCUGAGAGUAUGUUUUGA